AUGUGCAUGUCAUUUUACAACAGAACUUGGGAAUUAAAAGGUUUGAUUUUGAAGCUAGUGUCUGUUUUUAAUUCUCUUAGUAGGACCAGGGAAUCCUGGAAGAAUAACCCUGCAGUCAAACAUGUUUUUUCAUGGACUCUGCAACAGAUUACUCGGCCCUGGCUAAGCCAGCAUCUGGAAAGUAUACUUCCUCCAUCUUUGCUCAUUUCAGAUGAUUACCAAACUGAGAACAAGGUCCUGGGUGUGCAGUGCCUUCACCACAUUGUACUUAAUGUGCCAGCUGCUGAUUUGCUCCAGUACAACAGAGCUCAGGUCCUGUACCAUGCCAUUUUCAACCACCUGUACAUGCCAGAGCACUGCCUCAUUCAGGCUGUGCUUCUGUGUCUGUUGGAUUUAUUUCCUAUUCUGGAGAAAUCCCUGCACUGGAAGGGAGAGGCAGUUCGACCCACCACACACUGUGAUGAGGUACUGCAGCUGAUCCUGACCCACAUGGAGCCAGAGCACCGCCUUCUCUUACGCAGAACCUAUGCCAGACAUCUACCAGCUUUUGUCAAGAGACUGGGGAUCCUAACUGUCCGGCACAUGAAGAGACUGGAGCGAGUCAUUACUGGUUAUCUGGAGGUUUAUGAUGGACCAGAAGAGGAGGCUAGGCUGAAGAUACUGGAAACACUAAAGCUUCUUAUGCAGUAUACUUGGCCUAGAAUUUCCUGCAGACUUGUGAUCCUAUUGAAGGCUCUUUUGAAAUUGGUGUGUGAUGUAGCAAGGGAUACAAACCUUACACCUGAACCUGUUAAGAAAGCCUUACUACAAGAGGCUACAGACUGCCUAAUCCUUCUGGACCACUGCUCCCAAGGACAGGUAAAGGGUCUUCUAGCCAGAGUUGUCUUAACCUGCACAGACAGCACAGUGGUGAACUGUAUUAGAAAAGUGCAGCAGAAUCCUGUGGAUGCUUCUGUCCUUGGAAUUUAAGAUUACUUCCCAAGAAGAAAGGAUUGUAUGAAUGGAGUUAGAGCACAAGGUAUUUUUAUACUAAACGCUGGAAGUU